GCAUCCUUUGGACACAGGGCUAAAAUAAAUUCAGCAGCCACAUCUACUUGCUUCAUAGACUCUUCAGUGGAGCUGGUCUCCACUCUGCUGGUUGUUUUCAGGGGACUGGGAAAGGUGCUGUGUGUGAAACAGGGAGGAGACCUACUAAGGGAAGAUAUAGAGGUCUAGAAAGCACUUCUACGGAGUUAGGGUUCAUUCUGGUGCAAAGCGACCUUCAACCUUACUAAGUCCGGAGAAGCCGGUACAGCUGGCAGGGAAGGCCAGUCCGAUCUCCUCCUCGAGGCGCUCUCUCUGAAGGAGAGGAUGGCAAGGUACCAGGCAGCUGUUUCCAGGGGUGACGCCCGCAGCUUCUCGGCUAAUGUCAUGGAAGAAUCGGAAGUGUGCACUGUGCCUGGUGGUUUAGCGAAGAUGAAGAGACAAUUUGAAAAGGAUGAAAUGACUUCAACCUGUAAUGCCUUUUCUGAGUAUCAAUACCAACAUGAAAGCAGGUCUGAGCAGGAAACAAUCCACAGCAGACAAGAAAUGCAAAGGAAUAAAGAAGUUUCUAAAGCACAUGGAACUGAUGUCUUCAAAACAGAAAUGAUGUCACAUCAUGAAAAGUGCUCUGAAGAAACCAACCAAACUUCACAGUUUCAUCAAUAUGUUCAAGAAACAGUCAUUGAUACACCAGAAGAUGAAGAGAUUCCGAAGGUUUCCACUAAGAUUUUAAAAGAACAAUUUGAAAAGUCUGCCCAGGAAAAGUUCCUCUACAGUGAUAAAGAAACAACACCGCCAGCCAAGUGCAUAAAGAUUGAAAAUGACAGUGAAGAAACCUUAAAGCCAUCAUCAGCUGUAGGUACUUCUUCUUCUUCUUCUUACACAUCAACCAGCCAGAGGAAAGAAACUUCAACCUCAAGCUAUAGCAAUCAUAGUCUCACUUCAACAGCCAUGGCACAAGUUAAUGGCACUCCUUCAGAAAAUGUGGAAGAAUUCCCUCCUCCCCCACCUGAUGUACUUCAAGCACCAAUGGAUGUGACAGCAUUUUCCCAGUCCCCUGAAUUCCCCAGCCCCCCUAGAAGACUACCAAUCCCCAAAGACUUAUAUUCCAAACAAAGAAAUUUAUAUGAAUUAAACCGCCUCUAUAGACAUAUACAUCCUGAGUUAAGAAAAAACUUAGAAAAAGAUUACAUCAGUGAGGUUUCUGAAAUUGUUUCUAGCCAGACAAACUCAGGGAACUCAACUACAGCAGAUGUGCAACAAGCUCGAUAUGUUUUUGAAAAUACAAAUGAUAGCACUCAGAGAGAUCUGAACUCAGAAAGAGAAAACCUGGAGUGGGAUGAAAUUCUGAAAGGAGAGGUACAGUCAAUGAGAUGGGUUUUUGAGAAUCAGCCAUUAGAUUCUAUAAACAAUGGCUACACAGAUGAAGGGUACACUUCCAAAAGCAUCACUGACCAAGAACUCAUUGCUGGAGGUGACGUGAAGUAUACUACUUGGAUGUUUGAGACACAACCAAUAGAUGCCCUGGGGGUUCCUUCUGCUGGCACUGAAGGAAACACUGAGAAAAUUCCUGAGCUAGCUAGAGGAGAUGUUUGUACAGCAAGGUGGAUGUUCGAAACAAGGCCUUUAGAUUCAAUGAACAAAAGUCAUCAAGGUCAAGAAGAAACAGAAUAUAAUGUUAUAAAGGAUAUAACUGGGGGAGAUGUCAAGACUGUGAGAUACAUGUUUGAAACUCAACAAUUGGAUCAACUUGGCCAGCUUCAUUCAGUGGAUGAAGUAAACUUACUACAACUCAGGUCAGAACUCAAAGAAAUUAAAGGAAAUGUUAAGAGGAGCAUAAAGUGUUUUGAAACCCAACCACUGUAUGUCAUUAGAGAUGGUUCAGGCCAAAUGCUAGAAAUUAAAACUGUGCAAAGAGAAGACAUUGAAAAGGGAGAUGUUAGAACAGCACGUUGGAUGUUCGAAACACAGCCUUUGGACACGAUUAACAAGGAUAUCACUGAAAUUAAAGUCGUUCGAGGAAUAUCCAUGGAAGAAAGUAUCAAAGGUGGGGUGAGUAGAGCAAAGUGGUUAUUUGAAACUCAACCUCUGGAGAAAAUCAAAGAAGAGUCAGAUGAGGCUGUCCUUAAAAAAGAAGCAGUCAUAGGUACAGAUGUUUCUAAAAGGUGUUGGAUGUUUGAAACACAGCCAUUAGACAUUUUAAAAGACACUCCUGAUACAGAUCCCACAUCACCUGAGGAAAGAAUAGGGGGUGACGUAAAAACUACCAAACAUCUAUUUGAAACACUUCCAAUAGAGGCUUUAAAAGACAGUCCUGAUGUUGGAAAGCUUCAAAAAAUCACCACCUCUGAAGAAGAAAAAGGAGAUGUUAAGCAUCAAAAAUGGGUUUUUGAAACUCAACCUUUAGAAGACAUUAGAGAAGAAAAGAAAGAGUAUACACGAACAGUGAGACUAGAAGCAGUUGACAGAGGCCAGGUAAAGAACUAUACGCACAUCUUUGAAUCCAGUGAUUUAAUUAAGGUUGAUGCAUCCCAUCAAAUUGAGGUAGAAGGAGUCACAAGAGGCACAGUGGAGUUAAACAAAUCUCUCUUUGAGACAAUGCCACUGUAUGCCAUUCAAGACCAUCUUGGAAAAUACCACCAAGUAAAGACAGUCCAGCAGGAAGAAAUAUUAAGAGGUGAUGUAAGAAGCUGUAGAUGGCUUUUUGAAACAAGACCCAUUGACCAAUUUGAUGAAAGUCUUCAUAAAUUUCAGAUAAUUAGAGGAAUAUCUGCUCAAGAAAUACAGGCUGGGAAUGUGAAAUCUGCAAGGUGGUUGUUUGAAACGCAACCUCUUGAUUCAAUUAAAUAUUUUAGCAAUGUGGAAGAAACAGAUAGCAAAACUGAACAAACUACAGAUAUUGUUAAAGGAGAUGUCAAAACCUGUAAAUGGCUAUUUGAGACCCAGCCAAUGGAGUCUCUUUAUGAAAAAGCUUCCAUGAUAACCAACACUGAAGAUAUUCAUAAAGGUGAUGUUCGAACCUGUACCUGGCUUUUUGAAACACAGCCACUUGAUGCCAUAAAAGAUGACUCCGGAGCAACAGUCAAACUGCAAACUGUAAAGCAGGAGGAGAUACAAGGUGGGGAUGUUCGGACAGCAUGCUUUCUUUUUGAGACAGAAAAUCUGGACAACAUACAGGGGAGUGACGGGAAAGAAAACAAGCCCGUGGAGACAGAUAUACAAUCUGGGGAUGUCUCUGGCAUGAAGUAUAAGUUUGAAAAUCAGUCCUUGGACUCUAUAAGUUGCAGUUCAGAGAAUGUUUUGAAUAAGAUCAAAACCCUGAAAAUUGAAGACAUUCAGAAAGGCAGUGUAUUAAGUUGUAGGUGGCUGUUUGAAAACCAACCUAUUGAUAUGAUAAAAGAAAAUCAAGAAGGUGAUGGAUUGGUUAAGACCGUGACAGACAUACAAGGUGGGGAUGUGAGAAAAGGGUGCUUCAUUUUUGAGACAUUUUCUUUGGAUGAGAUUAAAGAAGAAUCUGAUGGUCUCAACACCAGGGAAACAAAUAUUGAAGAAGUAAUAAAAGGUGAUGUAAAAAGCUACAAAAUGCUCUUUGAAACACAACCUCUCUAUGCAAUUCGAGAUCAAGAAGGGUUUUACCAUGAAGUGACGACAGUUAAAAAAGAAGAAGUAAUUCAUGGAGAUGUACGAGGAACAAGGUGGCUCUUUGAAACAAAACCAUUAGACUCCAUUAAUGAAUCAGAAGAUGUAUAUGUUAUUAAAUCUGUCACUCAGGAAGAUAUUCAGAAAGGGGAUGUGAGUUCGGUCAGAUACAGAUUUGAAACUCAACCACUGGAUAAGAUUUCAGACAAAUCACCUAAUGUUGUACCCAUUGCUGACUAUAUUCAAGGAGGCAAUGUGGAGAUGAGUAAACAAUUCUUUGAGUCUGAAAAUGUUGAUAAGAAGAAUUACAUAAGAACAGUAAGUGUCAAUGAAAUUCAAAAGGGCAAUGUUAAGACUUCUACGUGGCUCUUUGAAACUCACAGCAUAGAUGAGCUAGGAGAAGGGUCCAAAUAUGAAAAUAUCAAGACAGUCACCCAGGAAGAUGUACAGAAAGGUGAUGUUAAGCAAGCAGUGUGGCUUUUUGAAAAUCAGACGUUGGAUUCUAUUAAGGAAGUAGAUGAAAGUCACACAGAAAUGAUGAAGGAAGAAAUUCCUCCAUCAGAUGUCAAGACAACUACAUGGCUCUUUGAAACAACACCUAUUCAUGAAUUUAAUGAAACUAGAGUAGAAAAGGUAGAAAUUGUUGGUAAAAGUAUCAAAGAAACCUUGGAAGACCUUUACUCCCAAAGAGUUAUUGAAGCUCCUGGAAUUAUUAUUGAAGCUGAUGAAGUUGGCGAUGUUAGAAUGGCAAAAUACAAGCUCAUGAACCAAAAAACUCCUGAGGUACAGAAAGAAGAAGUGAUCAGGGCUGAUAUCAGAAACAUAAUGAUGAACUUACUUUCCCAAAGAGACUGUGCAAAGAAAGAGAUAUGUGUCAGUGAAGAAGAGAAGGGAAAUGUCAACUUGACUAAAACUCAAUUACUAAGCAGAUCAACUGAAUUUCAUGUUGAAAAGGAAGAGAUAGUGAAAGGGGAUGUAAAACAAGCAAUAAAAAAUCUUUUCUCAGAGGAAAGAUGUACAAAGAAAGGUAUAUUAAUUCAAGAAGACGAAAAGGGAGAUAUUAACAUGACUAUCUAUUGUCUUCUUCAUGAAAAUGCUGGUGACAAGACUGAGCGUGAAGACAUCAUAGGAGGUGAUGUGAGGCGCACCAUUCAUAAUCUGCUAUCUUCUACAUCAAAUGGUAAAAUGUCUGAAAGGACAAAAAUUGAUGCCUCAGAGAGAGGAAAUGUUCAGUUCUUCACAACAUGCAUAGAAGCUGGAGCUUUGGAUUACCUCAAACAACUCCAAACAGGGUCAAAUGAAACACACUCAGAUAGAAAGCAAGAAGGACAGGAAGAUAUAAUUGGUGGUGAUGUUGAGGGCACAAAAUUCCUACUAAAGAAAAGGAAGUCUUCAUUUGAACGUACUAUUAGUGAAACUGACAUCAUCCCAGGAGAUGUGCAUAAUACAGCCAAAGUCUUCAUGACUGAGCCUCAGAGUUCAUCUUAUAAGACAUCAAAAGAAGAGAUUAUAAAAGGUGAUUUGAAAUCAAGCCUGAAUUCUCUCAGCCACGCCAUGAAUCAGAAAACAGUGUCUAAAACAGAAGAAACUAUGAACAAUGGCAAACUGGCCUCACUCAAGUCACUUAAGGAGUCAAGUGACAGACAGGAAGGGUCUAAGCAAUCUGGUGGCAUCUCCAGUGAUUUUGGGCAAGCCAUUGAGUCCCUUGAGAAGGCUACAAAUAUCAGGACUGAAAUAUUGAAAAAAGAGCUGAUCCUAGAUGAUCUUGAAACAUCAUUAAAGUCUUUGAAAGAAGCACAGAGGGGUUUCAAAGAGGUUAAUAAAGAAGGAAUAAUCAAAGAAGAUGUCCUACCUGGGAUAGUAGGAUUCGCAGAAAGACAAAAAGGGAUUUAUCCAGCAGCUAUCCAGAGAGACAAAAAAAGUCUUCUUCAACCAGUGCCAGGACCAUUUGAAUCAGCAAGCAGGCAGAAGGCAGGACUAGGCACUCUUGAUGAAACUUCGCAGACAACCUGCCAUCAGUCAUUAAUAGAAGAAAGAGAUGAGGCUAAUCUUCCUAAAGCCCCUAAGGGCACUGUAAAGAUUGUCAUUGAUCGUGAGCAAAACAAUGAUGCUCUUGAGAAAAGCCUUAGGAGAAUGUCUAACUCAGAACCCAGAGCUAUGAAAAAUGUCUUAGACAUGGGUGACAGAAUGGGUGUCUGGACCGACAGCAAAGAAUUUCUGUGUAAAAGAGACCACAUGAGUAAACAGUUGACUGCAACCAUGUCAGUGAAGGAAAAUCUAAAAACCAAGGAAUCAGAGAAUGUGAAAGAAUCAAAGGACAAUGUCUUUGCCUCAACCCAGUCUGUGGACAAAGCAUUUGGAAAGCAGCAGACUCAACCCUGUGAACUAGGGAUUGACCACUGGAAGUGGCAGUUCCAGGAUUCUUAUAGGAAGAGUCAAAGAAACACCCAAAACAUUAAUAUAUCAGCAGAGGUACGAAGUGACAUUCCAGAACCCACCCAGCAUCUGGACAACAAGGCAGCUAGAGAGAUGCAUGGGAUGAUGAGGGACUUUCAGAAGCAAGCCUUACUAAGUCAGGAAAGGCAGUAUUCUAACAAAGACAUGAAGAAAAAUGUCACGAACCUUCAACCUUCACCUGUAGAUAAGGAUGUACACCGUGUACCAGGAGGGAGAGUUUCUGGGAAAAGCCACAAAACAUUUGAGGCAACUGACAAAAAACAGAAAAUUGAUGUUUGUUUAGAAAACCAGGACUUUCUAAUGAAGACAAAUACUUCCAAAGAGUUAAAAAUGGCAAUGGAGAGGUGCCUUAACCCAAUCAACCUUCACCCUGAAUGUAGUAUAAAAGAAAAUGAGGGCUCCCUUCCACCUCCAUCUCCCCCUCCUCCUCCAGCUUCCAAUGUAUCAUCUGAAAUUGAAUUUCCUCUCCCACCUCCACCACCCUUAAUGCUGCUGCCUGAAAAAAAUGAGUUCCCUCCCUCCUCAUCCACAAAGAAGACAAGGAUUGAAUUAGAAAGCUUCCCAAACCUCCGUCUUCCUCCAUCAGUAGAUGAGAAAUCUGAACAAGAAUGUCUAUCAGCAUCCCUCCCUCCUCCACCUCCACCAACUCCAUCUCAACCAGUACAUCACCUUUCCUCCUAUCUUCUGGAAAAUCACAGGGAAGCAGCCAUACAACAGUAUUCCCAAAAAGAAGCCUUGAAUUCUCAUCAGCUGCACUCACAGGCCAAAAUUCUAACAGGAAAAUCACCACCUCCAAUACUCCCCAAACCCAAACUUCCCAAGAGAAUUAAAGAUAAAAUGAGCCAGUGUUCCCCAAGUGGUGAACUAGAAAGAUCACUGUCAGAUACGGAAAUGAAAACUACCCUCUCAAAGGAUCAGAAAAGAUCAAUGGUAGCAAUGAGCAGUGAACACACAGAGACAAAGCAGGAAGUGCUCAGAAAAAGUCUUGAUGAAAGAAAACAGCUGCCCGUUGACUCUGCAAAUUCACUUCCUCAGCAGGUCCCAGAGAUCCCAGCACCCAGGGGAAAACAGACAGCACCCCUUGUUAAAUCCCACUCACUCCCAUCACGUUCAGAACUACCAAGUCCAAAGCCUUACGUGAGAAAGUUUAAGACACCUUUAAUGAUUGCUGAAGAAAAAUAUAGACAACAAAAGGAGGAAGAGCUUGAGAAACAGAGGCGGGAGAGUUCUUGCCACAGCAUCACCAAAAGAGAACCUCACCACCAAAGCUGUUCAGAGAAGGAGAAAGAAAUAGAUUCACACAAAGCAUCUGAGGCAAUCUCCACACCCAGAAAGGAUUCGGACUUCACUAGGGCACAGCCUAACCUGGACUGUAAGAACAGGGCUGUGCAUGCAGGCACAUGCUCUGACAGCCAGCUCUCCACAGAUUCCACAUUGUCAGCUGCUACUGAGAGGCUCCAGCACAUUCUAGCAGCUUCAGAAGAUAAGCUUUCCCUGAGAAUGGAAGGCAUAGAGAGCUCGAGGGACACCCUCCAAUCAAAAUCAGCUUCUGAAAUUAGCCAGAGGCACAAAGAACGUAAGACACAGCAAACGUUUGGGCAACAUGUGGACAGAUUACCCUUUCCCCAAAGCAAACCCAUCUCCCCAAGUUUCAAAGUGAAAACUGUCAAGCUUCCAACUCUAGAUCAUACAUUGGCUGGAGCAGACCUCAGUUCUGAAAGCCAUGUAAAGCAAUCUGAAGUUGACUUUCAAAGCCGUGCUCAACAAAGGAACCAGGAAAUCAAGCAAACCCAAGCAAGUUCGCAGUGUGAUGAUAAGCAAUCAGUGCCCGAAAAAUAUCUUCAGUUGCCUAAAGCAGAGAAAAGGGUAACAAUACAAAUGCCUAAAGAAUAUGCAGAGAAAAAUCAUAAAAGCAAGCUCCAAACAGUUCCCAAGAAGCAGAGAGGAUUUGGCAUGGUUGACAGAGGGAAUGUCCUAGGGAGUGAAGAAAAACAUCAGGAGUCCUCGAUGAGCAGUUCAAAAGACGACAGAGUAGUCGUUGAAAGAAAACAAGAAUAUCUGCAGGACCAGAGAGUACCAAGGGUAGCCCAACACAAGAUCAUAGAUACACAUCUGGACUCCCAGACACAGAACUUUCAGCAGAUGCAAAUACACACUUCGGGAAGUACAAUUGAGCAUAAAAAACUGCCCCAGCCAUACAAUGCUCCGCAGGAGAAAAAAUGUCUUAGAGACAAGGGCACACAGCAGAGACAGGCCUUCCCUAACACUGAAGAGUCAAAGCAAAAGAUGACAGAGAACAAAUCUUCGUUUUCCUCUGUGAAGGAAUCUCUGCAGGAUGAUGGGAAAUGUAACAUAAAUAUAUUGGAAUUCUUGAGAAAACGUGAAGAGCUACAGCAGAUUUUGUCAAGAAUAAAACAGUUUGAAGCAGAGUCAAAUAAAAGUGGCCUUAAAACAUUUCAGAUGCUGUUAAAUAUUGUCCCAGUAUGGCUGAUAAGUGAGGAAAAAAGAGAAUAUGGAGUUCGUGUUGCCAUGGAGAAUAAUUUAGAAAAAGUCAAAGAAGAAAUAACACAUAUUAAAACCCGAACAGAGGAUAUGCUCGGUCACUGUGAACGUAUAAUUCAAACAGCCAUGAUGGCCUCCCCAACAGGAAAGCAGAGAGAUAAACCUACCAAUCUUAAUGAAAUGUCAUUGAAAGUGUCUAAUGUUAAUGCCAGCUCUAAUAAAUGCACUGAGAAGAAAGAAAGUAAAACUGUAGAAGAAAAAUUAACACACCUCCAAGUAGCAACCCACCACGAUGAGGCAGUGACUCAUAAUCCUGCUGAAGCACAUCAGGAGGCUAAGAGAGAAGAGAGUAAGAUGACUCCCCCCUCUUUGAAAACUCGUCCACCAUCACCAACUUUCAUUACAAUAGAGUCCACUGCCCGCCGAGCAGAAACCCCCACAAAGGCUGAGCUUUCUCAGUCCCCUAAAAAGAACAGUUGUACUGAACCUCUACCCAGAAGACCCCUGGAGCAAACAUCCAGUCUUCACAGAACAAGCAUGUCCCCAUCCCCGCCCAGGAGUCGCUCAGAACAACUUGUCAGACUCAAAGACACCACAGCCAGGUUAGCCAGAGGCACCAUGCCCUGUUCACCAGGGACCCCAGUUCCAAUUGUAGAGAAGAGAUCCGAAGUGGUUAUAUCCCCCGCCACACUCCGCAGGCAAAUUAAGAUAGAAAGCCGUGGCGGGGACUCUCCACCCACCAUCACAAUUCCUGUAAACGUAAACCACGUCGUUAGUGGGUCCUUCCGAGAGUCUGUAGAUACUCAAGAGGAAGUGAGAAAGAUAGAAAAAAAGGAGACUUAUGUUCAUAAAGACGGAAUGAAUUCCGUCAAUAGAGCAAUGCCAGAGACCGAAAGCUACGAUGCAGUUGAAAUCAUCCGCAAGGUGGGAGGGCCUCGCCUAUCAGAACACACAGAGAGAUUUGAAGCCACCAAUCAAACUGUUCAAGUGGCUGAACGUUUUCUGAAUGGCCGUGAAAAUGAAAUAAACAGAUGGUUUAGGGAAUUUGAGAAUGGCCCCGUUUUCGGAGCACAGACAGAUAGAAGAACUUAUGCAAAUGGCGAAAUAAACCAGAACAUGAAACAAGAGAAUCACACAUUCUGUAAGGGGGAAUUUGGAUUAUCAUCGUCUGGAAAUGCUGAGUUUACAGGCUUUUCUUACAGACAUCCUAGGCAGCACCAAGAACAAGUGCCUGCAAUGCAGCCCAGGGCUUACUCUCAAGCGAGGUCUAUGAGGGAGCAUUUCUUAGGCAUGGAUGCAUUCGACAGUCAGAUUGUUGGGUCAAAGGUAGCAACCUCGUCAUCAAGUAGCUCAGAAGCUGGUAGGUCGGGCUUUAACUUCAAGCACGCCCCACCGACCUAUGAAGACGUGAUCUCCGGCCACAUCCUAGACAUUGCAGAUUCACCUACAAACUUCAGAAGGGAUUUCCAAGAGACAUGGCAGGAGAGUGAAAGAGUUUUCAAGCGCUUGGGAUAUGAGACCUCAGAGGCCCAUGCAACUGAAGUGAGCAGGGCCUUCCAGGAGGAAUCUGCCUUUAGAAGUGACAAGGAAAUUUGCGUAAUUUGUCAAAAAACAGUUUAUCCAAUGGAGUGUCUUGUAGCAGACAAGCAGAAUUUUCAUAAAUCUUGCUUCCGAUGCCACCAUUGCAGCAGUAAACUGAGUUUGGGAAAUUACGCAUCACUUCAUGGACAAAUAUACUGCAAGCCUCACUUUAAACAACUUUUUAAGUCUAAAGGAAAUUAUGAUGAAGGUUUUGGACACAGGCAGCAUAAAGAUCGAUGGAAUUGCAAAAACCAAAACAUCUUAGCUGAUUUACUUUCCACUGGAGAACGUAAUGUGUGUGAAAACCCCACAGCAGAUACCAUCUUGCUUGGGGAACUUACUAAGCAUGCAGGUGUUUGUAACAGCAAGUGGCAAAACAAUGAUUUGAGAAUAUGGGGAGAGAGGGGGAAAUUAAAAAUUGUUUGGCCUCCUUGCCAGGAGACGCCUAAGAAAAACCUUCCCCCUGAGGAAGAACUCAAAGUGAGUAAGGCCAAAUGGCCACCCGAAGUGAUAAGCCCUGUCCCCUCAGAAUUCAAAAGGGAGUCUCUGAUAGGACAUGUGAAAAGUUUGGAAUAUCAAGGGCGAGAGCAAGAUAGCUUCCCUGUCUUGCAACCCUGUCUCCAUAUUUGUCAGAAAGAGGAAGUUAUAGGAAUAAGAGAAUCAAAAGUGUAUGAAGAAAGAAAGGACGAGAAAGAAGGAAAAAGGAAUGUGCUGGACAAGCCAAAUGACACUGAAGGCUUAACAAAUAAGAGGAAGAGUGGGACAGAGCUGAGUGACAAUAAUGUGUGUGUUCAGAGUGAUGAAAAGGAAAAGAAUGGACAUGCUAAUGAACCUGAUGGUGUAGACAUUUUGCAAGUUACAAACACUGAUGAUGAGGUGGGGCCAGAAAAUCGUAGAGAGAACCCCAAUAAUAAUAACAAUAACAAUGCCGCUGCUGUCUCCUCUCUGAAUGAUGGCGGGCAGAAGACAUCUAUUUUAGAAGAUCCUCAUCGAUUACAGCGAGCCAGUGAAGCAAAUUACUGUGCAAGUAAAUACCAAAUUAAAAAGUUAAAAAGUGCAUCUAGAAUCUCAGAGUUGCUUGAUGUAUUUGAAUCUCAGAAGGCAUCCUCCCUAGCCUUGGCUCUGGAGAAAACAGCUCACAGAGUGACUGCAGGCAGCCCUGUGCAGUUGCCUCCAGAGCCAGGCCUCCAGCAGGGCUUAUCAGUUAAAGGGGAAAGCCUUGCAGCCUCUUCCAGUGUAAACCUCUUACACAUUAAAGGAAACCAUGAAAAUAACAAAAAUGUACACCUUUUCUUUUCUAACACUGUGAAAAUCACUUCUUUUUCCAAGAAGCAUAACAUCCUCGGGUGUCAUUUAAUAGAUUCUGUUGAUCAACUUAAAAAUAUGUCUUGCUUGUAUUUAAGAGAACUCGGAAAGGACGUCAAAUGCUGGCAGUGUGAAACCACGGGAGCCGCUCAGAGUGGUGGGAAAAUGGGCUUAGAUGCACAGAGUCAGGGGUGCACAGCUAAGCGUGUGUUCUCCAGCAUGCAGUGCCAGGCUGACCAUCUGACUGUGGAAGAGCAGAUUAAACGGGACAGGUGCUACAGUGACAGUGAUGGUGACUGAGAACUCUGUAGCCACUUGCAGUUCACACUGAGGGAUGAUUUAUCACAUGAGACCUGGGGAUCAUUGCUAACCUUUUGAUGAAAUUAUAAAGAUAGCAUUUUAUAAUCUCAUCUUUCUUGUAUCACACUCCGUAAUUCUUUUUCACAAUACAUUGAGUUCAGUUUUGAUCUGAAUGGAAUGCUGAGGUGAAACAAGGUGGCCCUGUUUUCCUCUCAAAUGGCACGUGUGGUACUGUUUUCCUACCUUGUAUGGUGAUUGGGAGUUUGUACCGCUGGUAUUUGUCACAAUUCUUAGACACCUUCUCUAUAAUACUGAUGAAAUAAAAC